AUGACGGACUCGGAAGCAGCUGCCGAAGCUGCUUCGGGAGGGUCUGUCGAUGGUGAGGCGCAUGCGCAACCAGACGAUUCUAUCCUUAGAUUACUUCCUCGAAACAGUGAAGCUGCUGCCCUUGGAAGCACCACCGGUCCGUGGGCAAUGGAGAGCAGUUUCAUCGAAGCGGCGACCCUGGAUAAUAGCACAGGCCCAGAGCAGACUCUCACCGAGGAAGCUGUUCGCGAACACCUCAAGGACGUCGAGUCGAGCUUCUUGCCUGCGCUUUCCCCAAUUGCGGCGCGAACAACCGGUCAGGACCUCGCCGGAGCUGACGAUACGACGGAUACCCUCACCCAAGGGCAGCCUCGCCGUCUGAGACAUGAUGAAGCUCAAGACGCCGCCCAUUUCGGAAACCACACGUCAAGCCUUGAGAACAUGGACUCGUCUCCCACUGCCGCCGCGGCUGCAAGAACCGUCUCCAAGGCUGUGAGCACGACGGCCAACCCAACCCGAGACGACGCUGUCCCGGCGACGGCAGAAGCAAGCGAAUAUAAAGAUGAUAACGAGCAUUCAUUUCUUUCAAUGACCGACGAUCCCUUCUCGCAAUCUCAGCUGCCGUCCGAUCGCAUCGACGCCGGCAGCACACCGGGCAACUCAUUGCGGAUCGGGAAACGGUCAAGAUAUCUCCGUAGCCGUUAUGGCAGCCAGCGCUCAUCCAUUUCAUCCUUCAUCACUAACCCCGAGUCGCAUGAAGGGAGCGAGGCUACCGUUGGACUAGGAGCUGAUUAUGCCUUACAAUCAGGAGGGGCCGUGCCAGUUUUGGGAAUGCCUCGAUCUACGAGCAGCCAUUACCAGCGAUCGAUAAGCAUUGGCAGCAUGGCAUCGGGCUUUGGAGGCGAAGAGUUCAGUGACCCCCCCAACCAUCAACUAGAGACGCUGCCAGAAGUGUCCAGUCCCGCCCGACCUACCCGCCACAACCCGUUGCAGACACCGAAAGCUUCCAAAGAGAACUUGAAGGCCGCUGCACCGACAGAUACCGUUCUCGCCCAGCAUGUGAGAAAGGUGCAGGUGCCCGAGUCACUUGCGAAAGAGUACAAAGUCAAGAACGGCUUGCAUACCCCUCGCCAACCGUCAAACUUCACAUCCACCGGACUCGGGUCAGGCACAGUCACCAAACUCGGGAAGAAUCUGACGUUGAAGGAACAAAGCAACACGAUUGAAAGACUUUCCAAAGAAAACUUUGACCUCAAGCUAAAAGUCAUGUUUCUCAGUGACCGGCUGGACAAGCUGUCCGAGGAGGGCAUCAAGGAAAUGAUUUCCGAGAAUGUGGAGCUCAAGACAAGCCUUGCCGUCUUGCAGAGAGACAAUAAAAUCCUCCGAAAACGGGUCAAGGAGCUUGAAAAACAGACGAGGCCAGAUGAGCAAAGACCCAGCACCGCCUCCUCUGCGGAUCACACUGUCAGAACGUACGAUGAAGAAACCUACGAACGAGAACAAGAACUCAUCUAUCUCCGUGAGAGGAUUGAAGAGUAUGCCACCGAGAUAGAAAGAUUGCGAACCGAGAGCUUAAACCGCGAAUCAGAGAAGCGGCGGCUCACCGACGUCAUCAAGACUCUGAGUGAGCGAAGUGGAGAUAACCCAGGCUUGCAGGAGGAAUCCGAGGUGUGGAAAGACCUGCUGGAGCAGGAGACGGCCCGCAGAGAGCAAGCAGACGAGGACAACCAACGGCUGCGUGACGAAGUAUUCAGACUCAAGAAGGAACUGUCCGGUCAAGGAAACCUGCAUAACAACACCACCAACACCUACAGCAUUUCCAAGAAGCCGCCCAGGGACGGCGCAGCGUUUGGCUCCAGCCGUCCCGCGUCCGGCGUGUCCGGCGCGGGAGGCGAAGCUGAGCACUCCAAUACCAACCUGAGCGUGGCUAGCACCUUGGUUGACGAGCUGCGGCGGGAGAGUGAGCAGCUUCGGCACGAGAAUGCGGAGCUGCGGCGCGAGGUCGGUGCUCAGACCUCGAUGCUUACCUCUAGAAACCGCGAGAAGGAAAGGCUCUAUCAGGAGAUUGAAGACCUGAAGCUGGCCCAGCGUCGGGGCGGUCUUGCGCCUUCCACCGUGGACAGCAUCUUUGAGCGCUCAGCGUCUCGCGCCGGCGUACACGAAAGGCCCCAGUCUCGCGGUAGCGGCCGGACCAGGCAAACGUUGGUCGAGGAUGAGCUCGAGCGUGAACAGCUCGAAAACAAGCUCGCGGACCUUCGGGACAAGGUUAGCCAAGUCAAGCUGCAAAAUCAAGAAUUGCAGAGAGAGCUUGAAUCGUGCAUGCAAGACUUUGAGACGGCAGUGGAAGGCAAGCGCCAGGCGGAAGAGAGCGCCUUCUCACUGCAGCAAGAUAUCGAUACCGCCAUGAACGACCUAGCUGUGCUGCAAGCCGAGCGAGAUGAGGCGAUCCGCGAGCAGGGCGAGAUGGAAAACGAGUUUGAGGCAUUGCGCCGGGAGGCUCAGCAUGAGAUUGACGCGCUAGAGGCCGAGGCAGACCAGCGCAACGAGGAAGUUCAACGCGCCCAGGCGGAACUGAGGGAUCGCUCGGAAAACUUCGACGCCUUGCAAGAAGAGAUGCGAAAAAUGAGCGAGGCCCUGGUGCGGUUGGAGGACGAGCAGCACAGUAAGCUGCGCCGAAUCCAGCAGCUGGAAGAGGAACUGGACUCGUCGAAUAAAGAGCUCGAGGACCUGGAGCACAAGCUGAUGGAGGCAAACGGAAAGAACCAACGAUUUGCCGUGCAGCAAGAAUCAUCGCAGGGAGAGAUUGCCUUUCUGCGGGAGGAACAAGAAGCAGACAAGAUUCGCAUUGGGGAUUUGGAAGCAGCCAUUGCGAACGCAGAGCAGAACCUGCGCGAAGAAAGGGACAGGGUGAGGGAACUGGAUAGCCGCUUGCAGCAAGAACGUAUGCAGCGAGAAAUCGUCGCGGACAAGGAGAAGGAGGAGGUGCAGCAGGUUGUUGACGAGCUCAACCGGGAAACCUCCAACGCCAAGGAUGAGGUGAGGAGACUACGUAAGAGCCUGUCUUCGCGCGAGGUCGAGGCGACGGAAUGGAAGGAGAGGUUGAUUGAGCUCGAGAAUAAUCUUCGAGAGGCCUUGGGUGACCUGAAUGGCACCCGUUCGUCACUGCUCAAGUCCAUUGCGAAAAUGCAACGCGAACUCGAGAACACUGUUCGUGAACUCGACACGUCAAAGGCAUCUUUGAUGGAAAAGGAUCGCAUCAUCAAACAGCGAGACGCGCUGUUGGAGUCGCACGCGCUGGAGAGCCGCAAGGUCACCGAGUUGUUGGAUAAGGAACGCCUUGCGCACCGCAACACCAAGGCUCAGUUCGACACGUUCCAAAGAACCCAUCAACAUCUCACGCACACGGCCAACACUCAAGAUGUCCGAAUCGCGGAGCUGGAGAGCACGAGGGGUCAGGACCGCAGAAGGCUUGCGCAACUGGAGCAGUCGGCGCGCGAUCAGUUGACGGAGAGAAACGAGCUGCUGCUUAAGCUGUGGCAGAAGCUGAGCAUUCUCUGUGGUCGGGAGUGGCUGAACAACAACGCGCUGGUCGACCGGCAGGUUGUACCUUCUGUAGAGGUCAUAGGCAGCCGAUUGCCUGGUUUCGCAAAGAAUCUCUUGGCGGCGGUCAAGACGAUUGAAACCAUGUUUGGCUCGCUGUAUACCAAGAUCCACUCGGUCGAACGCGACCUGCACAAGGAGUACCAGACGCUGGAAAACAACCUGGAGGCGAGGACUAAGAAGCUGGACCGUCUGGAAUCAAUGCUGCGCAACUCGGUGGCGGCAAGGGCCGUGGGCCCCCAGGACAUGCACAGCCGGAUGCUCCGCUUGGAGGAUGCCUAUCGCCAACUCAAGGUGGAGAAUGCGACGCUGCGAACGGCCAACGACGUCCGCAGCCGCGCGGCGCAGUCGAGCUCGGAAGGACCAGCGCCGCUGAGUCGCGGCGCCUCGAGCGGAGGAUCUCCCUCGCCUGGCAUUCCUCGAGGACCAGGAGACCGUGAUAAGGACCGGGGUUCCCAGUCCGGCCACGCUAAGGCCAGCCGGUCGGCGGCAGCCCCUUCUCGCGCCCAUGCUUCCUCGGGCAUACCAAGACCCUCUCCGGGGAGCGCGACGGGCAUGGAAAUAGCGGUUCCUGGCGAGAGCGGGACCAGCAACAACGACAACCGCUGGAUGCUUCGACUGCGCGACAUGGAGUACAAGCUGAAGAUGGAGCGCGAGGGGCGCAACCAAGACCGGCAGGCUGCUCGACAGAGGCUCGGUGGGCUCGAGAUGGAGAACCGAGAUCUCAGGGAUCGAAUGACGAGAAGGGCGAAUACUGACACCGAGUAG